GUUAAGAACCUCCGUUAUAUAAGACAACACACAGGAAGCUGAGAAGCACCAGCAAUGGCGAACAAAGAGAUGAAUGUUGUGGAGGGUCUGGACCUCGGGCGAUACAUGGGUCGUUGGUACGAGAUUGCUUCGUUCCCGUCGAGGAAUCAGCCGAAGAAUGGACAGGACACCAGAGCCACCUACACUCUGAACAAUGAUGGUACUGUGCACGUGCUGAACGAGACCUGGAGUGAUGGGAAGAGAGGGUACAUAGAAGGGACUGCUUUUAAGGCUGAUCCUAAGAGCGAUGAAGCUAAGCUUAAGGUCAAAUUUUAUGUUCCUCCGUUUCUGCCCAUUAUUCCAGUGGUCGGAGAUUACUGGGUUCUGUACAUCGAUGACGAUUAUCAGUAUGCUCUUAUCGGCCAGCCUAGCAGGAGAUACCUUUGGAUAUUAUGCAGGAAACCUCAUAUGGAUGAAGAGAUAUACAACCAACUAGUUGAGAAAGCCAAGGAAGUGGGAUAUGAUGUGAGCAAACUGCACAAGACACCACAGAAUGAUCCUCCUCCAGAAGGAGGCUCCCCUCAAGACAAAGGCUUUUGGUGGAUCAAGUCCUUGUUUGGAAGAUAGAUUCCCGACCAUUUGUUGCUUAGAUGAAUCCAUUGUGUUUGGAUCUCUGCAAUGUUUGUAUGGCUUUCUGCAAAUAUCUCAACCUUUGUAUGUUUUUAAUGCCUCUACUUCUGUUAUGAGUUGAGGCGAGAAUCCUGUCUUGUAGUAUUUACUUUUUAGAAUGCUGUGGGAACCAGUCUCUGAUCUGAUCUUAUCCACUUGGCAAAGGAAGACUAGUGACGUGACGUGACGAGAAUGAAAUCGUUGCCGAUGAGGGAUUGGCAUGUUUUUGGUUUUAAGCGUUUAUUUCAUUUCAUUGUGUUGUAGGAGUAUGUUAUGGUAUUUAUUCUGAACAUUAUUCUUUAAGCCUUUA